UGGCCCGUGUGCGGAACAACAGAUCAUUUGCAAAUGAAGGAAGAGAGAAUUGAGCGACAGUCUAGUCGGUCUACCAUCACAGAGGUUUACAUUCUCACUGAAGAAUUUAAGAAAGUGUAAGAAUGAAGAAAGUGUAUCAUUAAGAUGAAAAGAUUGCGGAUUUUCAAAAAUAACCCCAAAUCGAAGGACAUACUUUUCUUAAGCGAACACAAGCGUUAUGGGCAUCGUUUCAUCCAUGACUUUUCACCUCUUCGCUUUCGUCUAGCGCUCAGGCUAGUUGUCGCGCGAAGAUUGCUUGACAUUGUUACGCCCUAGAACUUUGCGUGUCUAUAGGAAAUCGCGUGAAUCGUUAUAUUCUUUUUUAUGUCACUCAUACUUGGAUCACGCAUACUUCGUUUGAAAUUCAAAACAAGCUUUUGUAAGCUUUUAUUGUAGUGCCUUCUGAUAAGUUUAACAAGAAAUGGUUCAACGCACAUUGAGAAUAGGCUUUCAUAUUGUGGUUAUGUGUUAGAAAUAGAUAUACGUCAUGUGACUUGCGCCUGUUUCGCUUUCAAUUUCCAACUCUGGAUGAUUGGAGACAGGAACUUCUAUUCUUCUUUAAAGUGAUACUAUUACAACUUUGCUGUCUGUUUCUCGAAUAUUUCGACGCAGGACAGUCAUGAAACUUUAACUAUAGCUUAAGCCAAAUAUGGCUUCAUCGGUGGAAUACAGCGAGGAGCAACUAAACUACUACAGGAUCUGUUACGUUACCACUGACAUCCUGACCGAAGGUGUGCGAGAAAUCUUCAAACAAGAAUGGGACAAUCGCUACAAAGCUACUUUAAUAGGAGAGUGGAAAGAUACACCGAAAAACGGACUGGACUUUAAGAACGGCGAGUCGCCACGGAACCAAAAGAAGCAUGCUCGUCUACUAACAACCAUGACUAAAGGCAACAGAGCUGAGUGGGAUUGUACCAUGUUGUUUUACGCCAUUCUUUACUCCGAUUGCAUUAAUAGUCUCAAUCCAGUGGUCAAGACAAAUGUGCAUAACCUCAGGCUGUUUCGGAACGAAGAGUUCGCUCAUAUCGCACGAGGUCACCUCUCUGACGUAGAGUUUCAAAAUGCCAUUAGUAGAGUGGAGAAUGCAUUUAACGGUCUCGGUCUUUCCACUGUGAAAAUUCAUGACGUUAAGACCCAAAAAUAUUUUCCAACAGAGCAGCUGAGACGUGUUUUGAAGGAAGUGGACGACCUUAAACAGGAAGUUCAGGAGAAAGACAAGAAUCUACAAGAGAGAGGAAAGGAGCUUCGUGAAAAAGAAGAACAAAGACAGACUCUUGAAGAACAGUUAAACAGCGAUACUCCUUCAUUUUGCAUUCUUCCUCCUAAGCCCUCUCAUCAUGUCGCAGAUCGAGAUUCUGAUGUGUCUGAGAUUAUACAAAAGCUGAAAGAGUUAAAAAGGUGCACAGGAUUAAGUUACCUGUAUAUAUCGGGUAAUCCUGGAAGUGGUAAAUCUGUCUNUGUGCACCGUGCCCUUGGAGACCUGCAGCAGGCAAAAGAAUGUCAUGAUCGUGCACUGACCAUUCGUCUGAAAAAGCUCGGACCUGAACAUGUCGAUGUGGCAAGUACUUACAAUAAUCUGGGUAGUUUGCACCGUGCCCUUGGAGACCUGCAGCAGGCAAAAGAAUGUCAUGAUCGUGCACUGACCAUUCGUCUGAAAAAGCUCGGACCUGAACAUGUCGAUGUGGCAAGUACUUACAAUAAUCUGGGUAGUUUGCACCGUGCCCUUGGAGACCUGCAGCAGGCAAAAGAAUGUCAUGAUCGUGCACUGACCAUUCGUCUGAAAAAGCUCGGACCUGAACAUGUCGAUGUGGCAAGUACUUACAAUAAUCUGGGUAGUUUGCACCGUGCCCUUGGAGACCUGCAGCAGGCAAAAGAAUGUCAUGAUCGUGCACUGACCAUUCGUCUGAAAAAGCUCGGACCUGAACAUGUCGAUGUGGCAAAUACUUACAAUAAUCUGGGUAGUUUGCACCGUGCCCUUGGAGACCUGCAGCAGGCAAAAGAAUGUCAUGAUCGUGCACUGACCAUUCGUCUGAAAAAGCUCGGACCUGAACAUGUCGAUGUGGCAAGUACUUACAAUAAUCUGGGUAGUUUGCACCGUGCCCUUGGAGACCUGCAGCAGGCAAAAGAAUGUCAUGAUCGUGCACUGACCAUUCGUCUGAAAAAGCUCGGACCUGAACAUGUCGAUGUGGCAAAUACUUACAAUAAUCUGGGUAGUUUGCACCGUGCCCUUGGAGACCUGCAGCAGGCAAAAGAAUGUCAUGAUCGUGCACUGACCAUUCAUCUGAAAAAGCUCGGACCUGAACAUGUCGAUGUGGCAAUUACUUACAAUAGUCUGGGUUGUUUGCACCGUGCCCUUGGAGACCUGCAGCAGGCAAAAGAAUAUCAUGAUCGUGCACUGACCAUUCAUCUGAAAAAGCUCGGACCUGAACAUGUCCAUGUGGCAAUUACUUACAGUAAUCUGGGUACUGUGCACCAUGAGAUUGGAGACCUGCAGCAGGCAAAAGAAUGUCAUGAUCGUGCACUGACCAUUCGUCUCAAAAAGCUCGGACCUGAACAUGUCGAUGUGGCAAGUACUUACAAUAAUCUGGGUACUGUGCACCAUGAUCUUGGUGACCUGCAGCAGGCAAAAGAAUGUCAUGAUCGUGCACUGACCAUUCGUCUGAAAAAGCUCGGACCUGAACAUGUCGAUGUGGCAGCUACUUACAAUAAUCUGGGUACUGUGCACUAUGAUCUUAGUGACCUGCAGCAGGCAAAAGAAUGCUAUGAUCGUGCACUGACCAUUCGUCUGAAAAAGCUCGGACCUGAACAUGUCGGUGUGGCAAAUACUUACAAUAAUCUGGGUACUGUGCACCAGGAUCUUGGUGACCUGCAGGAGGCAAAAGAAUGUCAUGAUCGUGCACUGACCAUUCGUGUGAAAAAGCUCGCACCUGAACAUGUCGAUGCGGCAGCUACUUACAAUAAUCUGGGUACUGUGCAUUAUGAUCGUGGUGACCUUCGGCAAGUAAAAGAAUUUCCCGAUCGUGCACAGACCAGUUAUCUGAAAAAGCCUGGACCUGAACAUAAUGAUGUGGUAGCCGUGCGUAAUAACUUAGAGAUGGUACAACGGGAAAGAGAGAAUGUAGGAAAGUCUACCAUAUCUCACAGUGUCCGCUGUAUGAUAUUUUAAGUAGACUUUUCAUUUUGUGUUUAACUAGAAAAGUGGCGGACAUGAUACUUCGAGGACUUGCUAUCAAUUUUUUUGCCAGAGAAGGAAAUUUACUGGAAAAUUAGAUUUCUUUGGUAGAAGGAGAAUUCCAUGAAUUCAAAAGCUAAGAGAAAUGAAAGUUUUUCAACUGUUUUACCCAAUCCGUUUCGUCAGUUUUCUUAAUACAAUUUUAAACACAAAAGUCAGCUUAAUAUGAAUUUCAAUGACCGAAAAUAGAAACAGAAAUAGUCCUUUACACCCCAACAUCAAUAUCCUUAUUCUCCAUUCACUGAAAAGGAGAUCUGGUUCAUUAAUCAAAGCUUCUAAGGUUGCUGAUCAUUUCCUUUAUUCUCGUCAUCUUAAUGAAUGAUUCAGCGGUAUCAGUGUGAAGAGAAAUUAGAUGCUGGUCAUUGAAACUCAGGCAGAAGUCAGUCUUUCCAAUAUUCCACCUGCUGUUUAUUUUUUACCACAAUUGGUAGUAAGGUCGCAAUCUGAUUGGCAAUUUGUCGUUGUCGACAAGAAUACAGACAGCGCCGCUCGCGUCAACGUGUCACGCAUGGAAAGAAUCGUUUUUAUUUAUCUUACGUAAGAUAUGAGUACAGACCACGCUAAACCACCGUCAAUUUGUUAAGUUACUUGAUUAUUCAUAGGCUCGACUGCGAAUGGCAUGACGUAGGACUUUAUCGACUACGCAUCGAUGUCAUUUAGUUGAGGUCGAAAACUUGUCAUUAAUCUCUCCCGCCACACCCCUGUUGUCUGCUUCAUUGCUAAUCUCAGUUUACUCAGGUGGGUUUGGUCGUCCGGAUUGCCGGAAACUUUUAUUAUCUCAGUGACAAUUCAUGUCGAUCGUGAAUAUCUAAUGACUCACCAUGUAGCGUUUGAAAGUUUUCAUACCUCCGGUAUUUAACAAAUAUGGCAUUAACAUUCGCGGUCUUUUUCUCCUGACUAAAACUAAUCGAUUGUGCUUACAGAAAACUUAUGAUGCUUAGAGGAUAGUUUAGAGAAACCGGUUUUAUUAUAAUUUUGUUAAAUGAGGCGGUAGGAAGUAAAUAAUGAAAGUGUAAGAAUUGUCUCUAGGAAGCCGUGGGGAAGACUUUGCGAUAUGCGUUACAACUAAAAAAUCAUUUAACUUAAUCUGCGCAGUCGGCCAAUUAAAACAAUUUGGAAGUUUCUGGUUGUUUCUUUUAAUUAUCAUUAGGUUUUAGUGUGUUAUUUUGCGACGUAUAUACUCCAUUCCCUUCAUAUGUCUUGUGCCUUUUUUCUAGUUUGCAUAAUCUUACGCAAGAAGCUUUCUUUUACUGUUAAAUUCAGAUGCUUAACGAGUAAGACCGAAGAUUUCUUACCCAGCAAUCACACCGGACUCUAAUUUACGGGGCAUAUUGCUUCCACCGUAUCCUCCGACAUGUCGUAGAUUGGGCCAAAUUAACCGCGUACCUGCACUCAAACUUGGCCCAUCCGUGACGGAGUUC